AUGGGUGAGCGCGCCAACAUCCAACCGCAGAGGGUAGACGCGCCGCUCACGCAAUUCGCAACCUUCCUCGUCCUGUCCGUAAACGACAGUCCAGACGCUAUCAAAGAAGUCCGCUCGACCAUCGCUAGUAUCGAAGACCUCACCAAGAACAUCACUAUCCGCGACCUCAAUUCGUUGUUCACAUGUACCGUUGGCAUUGGAAGCAACAUUUGGGAUAAAUUGACCGGCCUCCCGCGACCGGCUGAGCUGCGUCCUUUCCAGAAGGUGAAGGGCAAGGUUCACACGGCCAUCUCGACACCGGGAGAUAUCUUGUUUCAUAUUCGUGCGGAACGCCGGGACCUAUGCUUUGAAUUCGAACGGCAGUUGAUGGACUGCCUGGGUGACGCGGUCUCGGUUGUUGACGAGACAGUGGGCUUCCGUUACUUUGAUAUACGUGACUUACUGGGAUUCGUUGAUGGCACGGCAAAUCCUAUUGGUCCUGCUGUGCCUGAAGCGGUCCUCGUCAACCAGGAAGAUAAAUCUGGCGUCGGGGGCAGCUACGUUGUUGUACAGAAAUACAUACAUGACUUGACGGCGUGGAAAUCUCUCAAAACAGAGCAACAAGAGGCUAUCAUCGGACGAACCAAGUCGGAUAAUAUUGAGUUGGAUGACGCGGAGUCAGGGCAGCAAUCUCACAAGACGCUGACGACAAUCGAGGACGAAAGCGGCGAGCACGAGAUCCUUCGAGAUAAUAUGCCAUUCGGGUCUCCGGGGUCGGGCGAGUUUGGGACAUACUUCAUCGGAUAUACGGCGCGGUUAUGGGUUAUUGAACGGAUGAUGCAGCGCAUGUUUGUGGGAAAUCCUCCUGGGCUGCAUGAUCGUAUACUCGAUUUCUCCAGGCCACUGACAGGUACAACUUUCUUUGCGCCAUCUGCCAGCGUGCUUGCUAGCUUAGAAGAUGAUUGA